AACCCUUGGUCCCCUACCCUCAUCGGCGUGUCCACUCUUGCUCUCUAGGUCCUUGCAAUGGCCACGAACACUACCUCUCCUACAGCAGCAUCCUCACCAGGUCCACUGGCCAUCAUUUUACUAUCAGUGGCACUGACUGUGGGGCUUCCUGGCAAUGGAUUCGUAGUGUGGAGCAUCCUGGCAAAAAUGCGUAAGCGCUCUGUCACUGCCCUGCUAGUGCUGAACUUGGCCCUGGCCGACUUGGCCGUAUUGCUCACUGCCCCCUUUUUCCUUUCCUUUCUGGCCCAACGGACCUGGGUCUUUCGACUGAUUGGCUGCCGCCUCUGUUUCUACAUCUGCGGGGUCAGUAUGUAUGCCAGCGUCCUGCUUAUCACAGCCAUGAGUCUGGACCGCUCGCUGGCAGUAGCCUAUCCCUUUGUGUCCCAGAAGCUGCGCACCAAGGCGAUGGCUGGCCGGGUGCUGGCAGGCAUCUGGGUGGCGUCCGUGCUGCUGGCCACGCCCGUUUUAGUGUACCGCAAGGUGACUUUGAAAAAUAAUAGGAGCCUGGUCUGCUUAACAGAGUACCCCACUGAAGGUCACAGGGCCUUCCAUCUGCUAUUUGAGACCAUCACGGGCUUCCUGCUGCCCUUCCUGGUCGUGGUGGCCAGCUACUGCGACAUAGGGCGCAGGCUGCAGGCCCGACGCUUCCGCCGCAGCCGCCGCACCGGCCGCCUGGUGGUGCUCAUCAUCCUGGCCUUCGCAGCCUUCUGGUUGCCUUACCACGUGGUGAACCUGGCCGAAGCGGGCCGCGCGCUGGCCGGGCUGGUCUCUGAGUCUGGGCCCGCGGGGUUGCGGCUGCUGCUGGCCCGCAAGGUGCUCAUCGCGCUCGCCUUCCUGAGCAGCAGCGUGAACCCCGUGCUGUACGCGUGCGCCGGCGGCGGGCUGCUGCGCUCAGCCGGCGUGGGCUUUGUCGCCAAGUUGCUGGAGGGCACCGGCUCUGAGGCAUCCAGCGCCCGCCGCGGAACUCUGGGCCCGACCCUGAGGCGUGUUCCCACCUCUCCUCAGCCUGGCCCCGCCGAGAGCGUCGCUGACUCCUCCAACUGA